AUGAUAAGACGAAAGUGCUCUAGGAAGAUUGUCGAUGCAGCAGUUGCCACGUGCGCAACAAAUAAUCCACAAAAACAAAUUUCAUCAGGGUCUAUCGAGCGGUGCCGAAUUUCGGGGAACCAAGGCCUGUUUUUCAAAGAAAACCCCGAUAAGGAGUUGCAAGGAUGCCAAAAUCAACAGCAGUCAGAGCAUCAAACCACACGUCAAGUCGAGUUUUCCUGUCCAGCGUUAAAUAGAGAGGAUAAUUGUCCUACAAACGAGCAUGAGGCAACCGAUGGACCAAUGCGCAAGCACUGGACACUGGAGCGUGUGGGACUGCAACAGGAUUUGCAGCUAGAUGAAGAUGAUGAUGCACAACUGGUGUCUCUGCUUGCUGAGGAGGCGUACGGCAUGCCAGCUCCUGCUUUUGCUCAAAAGCUACAGCCAAUGGUUACUCCUGAAACAACUUUGCCGCCAAAAGCCGAGGAGGGAUCAACAAAGGUACUUCAGCAUAAGCUGCUUCAAGCAGCUGCUCCAGUUGCACCGAACAUGCUGCCCCUGGGGGAAAGGACUUCACCCGCAUAUGCAAAGAAAUCAACUGAAUUAAAAGGGGUGCAUGCGGAGGAAGCAAGACCAGCACUAUCGCCUUCAAGACGUCAACCGAGAGCGGGCCAGCCACCAGUGCCAGCAGCUCGCCUUCAGUGGAUUCGUGAGGCCCUAAUUACUUUGAGAAGAAUUGACGAUCCUCAGCACGUACAAUUGCAGCGCCGGAAGAAAGCGGCAGUAACUUCAGGAGCUUGCGUCAAUUCCCCUCCACCGGCCCAAACUGCGGGGAAUUCAUUUCAACAGGAAGAUUUAACGGAUAACUCCGCUAUGGCAACAGUUACAACAGGUUCCUACAGGAAUGCUCUGCAGCCCUCUUCUAGGAAUAACCGAUUGUUGUACGUUAUCUGGACAGGCGCCGGUGGCGGCCCCUGGGGAGGGUGCUCAAGAAUUUGGUUUCAACACAGGAGGUAUGUUUGCAAGGGGAAGUUGCAAAUAUGCCUACACGAAGAAUCAUAG